CACCAAAAAGAAAAACACUAUUUUUGUUGCAAAAAAAAGUGUCAUAGCUCAUAAGUAUUCGAGAUUGCCUCCAAUUUUAAUGAGACUAGUUUUUUUAUUCAAUUUUAUAAAGUUUCUAUAAAUUUUAUAUCAAAGAUUCAAAACGUACUAUGAUAAAAUAAUUGCUCCGUCAUUUCUCGGAUUUUCUUAGCAAUCGCUCCGUUUCACUCUCCGUAUUUCUUCAAAGAUUUUUGAUUAAAAAUUUUUCCGCGUUUUUCUCAAGAUAGCCACUCAUUUUUCCACCAUCAAAUACACCAAAAUCAAUUUCUUUUGCUAAAUUUGAACUAAACUUACUCCUCCUUACUAUCAAUUGAUAGUAGUUUAAUUUUUUGUUUUUAUUCAUAUGUUGUUAAUGAAUCAUAAUAAUAUUUUUAUGUUCCAACGAACAUAAGAAAAAUGUUUGUAGUUCAAGGUCACGAGAUACUUGUUUUUUUUUUUUCAUUAUCAAAUGGUAUACUCAAACUGUUUUAAAAACAGUACGAAAGACAAAUGAAAAAAAUUAGAUAAAAAUCAUUACAGUCAUUAAUGUUGUGUCAUUUAAAGAUCAUUCAGAAAUUGUAAACAAUAACUCAAAAAAUCAUCUUGAUAAUGAGAAAUGUUUAAAGCGCUGAUCAGCCAUUUAACAAACAUCAGUCUCAAUUUUGUCGUAGAACGCAUUAUUGAUUUGAAAUACUCGUUAGUAAUAUAUAAAAAGACAAAAGAUAAGACAAAAAUUUUUUCCGAUUUUUUUUUUUUUUUUUUUUCAAUAAAAUAAAUAUAUAAAUAAAAAAUAGAAUUAAAAAUUUAUUUGCAAUUUUUUUUUAUAUUGCUCGUGAUAAACAGCUCGUUGUAAAACAACUCUUCUUUUUUUUAAUAAAAAAAAAAAAUAAAUAAAACAAAAUGGAAAAUUACACAUCAGACUCAAGUGAUUCAGAUUCAUCAACAAAAACGUUGGACUUGUCUUACUUGAUGCUAGAUGAUAGCCAGUUAAAUAAUCUCAUUGAUUCAACAAAAAAAAUAAAAAACAUAGAAACACUUCUACUACAUCAAAAUAGAAUAUCAACAAUUCCAUCAUCAAUAUCAAAAUUUACAAAUCUUCAAACACUUGAUAUAUCAAAUUGUAGCUUGACUCAGCUACCAGCUUACAUUGGUGAUUGUCCUUUAACAUGUUUAAUUGCCAAACACAAUAGUUUAACAAAUGAAUCUUUACCAAAAACAUUUGACAACUUAAUAGCAUUGCGAGAAUUGAAUCUCAGUGGCAACAGAUUGACUGAAUUUCCAGAACAAAUAUUACAAAUUGCUGGAUUAAAAUAUUUGUAUCUUGGUGGUAAUAGAAUAACUGACAUAAAAAAAGACAUUUGGAAAAUGAAUAAACUUCAGGUACUGUCAAUGGGAGGUAACAUGCUGACUGAUGUACCAUCAUGCCUUGGAAAAUUAACAUCAUUACAAGCACUAAUACUUUGUGAUAAUAUGCUGGAGAGCUUACCACAAUCAAUAGCUAAUUUAAAAAAUCUUAAAUCAUUAUUAUUACAUAAAAAUCAAUUGAGAACAUUACCAACUGAAAUAAUAGCACUCAAAGAACUUACUGAGCUAUCACUGAGAGAUAAUCCACUUGUUGUAAGAUUUGUGUCAGAUAUGAGCCACAAUCCCCCAUCAUUACUUGAAAUUGCUGCUCGUGUUGUUAAAACAAAUAACAUUGAUUAUACUGUUAUCAAUUUACCAAUGACACUAAUUGAUUAUCUCAACAGUGGACAUCACUGUGUCAAUCCAAAAUGUCAAGGUGUAUUCUUUGAUAAUCGAGUUGAACAUAUUAAAUUUGUUGAUUUUUGUGGUAAAUAUCGUCUUCCAUUGUUGCAAUAUUUAUGUAGUAGCAAGUGCAUUGGGCCUAGAGAUGGAGAAGAAGAAAUUGUUAGUGGUGCAAUGAUUAGAAAAGUACUUCUUGGUUAGAGAAAUUUAUACAAACGUUGUUAAUUUAUAUAAGAAUAAUCAAUAAUUGUUGAUGUUUUUCUUUUUUUUAAAUUGUUUUAUAAAUAUACCUAUAAAAAAA